CGAAAACAAAAACUGAAAAGACCAAACAAAUCCUUCCUUCUUGAGCAUAGUUCCAACUUUACUUUCCCACUUUCUUUUUCUUUUCUCCAUUUUUGUGUAUCCAUUCCUGCACCACCAACUUUGCAGUGUUCUGCAUUAUUUCUGCCACAAACAAACAAAAUAUUCAACUAAUUUGCUUCACCUUUUCAUCACAAUGGAGUAACUUAACCUAAUUUUGAGUAUAUAUUUGAACAACACACACAAUAUUAUUCUUGACAUGAAGAAACAAUCCUCAUCUUAUUCCAAAGAACCUUUUCAACAAAUACUCCAAAUAAAAAACAUCUCUCUCAACCAACUGCUGGACUGCCAAUCGCCACCGCGCAACACCGCUUCCUGCUCCAUCUCGUCACAACUCCAGCCAUGCCGUUGGGAUCCCUCAUGCCUGUUUUUCGCUCAUGAUUUUAAUAUAUCCAUAGCAAAUUGGUUGAUGAAUUCUAACAGGGAUGAAGUUAGGAUGAUGCACCAGUGGGGUAAGUUUCAGCAAGGUGAUAAGUUCAAAAAUCAUAAGUUGUAUGAUGAAUUUGUUCAGCAUUACCCUAAGUCUGAUUGGAGUGCUUUGAUUUGUAAGAAUAAAGCGAGGCCUCGUGCCGUGUUUAUGCUGUGGCUGGCUUGUCAGCACAGACUUGCUACGAAGGACCGGCUGGCCAAGAUUGGUGUUAACACGGAUCUUAAGUGUGUGUUCUACAACUGCUCUGAAACCAGUCAACAUUUGUUUUUGAGUGCAGGUUUAUGAAUCAGGUGUGGACAGAAGUGCUGCGGUGGAUGAACAUGAGACAUAAUGCACAGGGAUGGAAUCAGGAGAUGUAAUGACUUCUGAAAGUUUGUAAAAGCAAGAAUUGGCGAGGAAAGUUUGUACAGAUAGCUAUAGCGGAGACAAUUUAUGCGGUUUGGUUACACAAAAACAAUAGAGUGUUUAAAAGUGAGUAUAAGGAUAGGUGUAUAGUGGAAGACAUUAUAGGAAAAAUUGUAAAUAGAGUGUGGAUGUUUCCUAAGUAUAGAGAUAGAAUUGCUCAGUUGUUGCUGGAUUAGGUGGGUGAUACCUUAGCCUAUAGGGGGUUCUUUUUCCUAUAGGUUGUAGGUUUUAGUCUUGCUUUGGUUGGCGGGUGUUGGACCCUAUGGGUCGCUUUGUACUUAAUUGAAUUUUUGGAAAUAUAUAUAAUUUCUUAUUCUUCCAAAAAAAAUACUAAUAAUGUACUAAACAAUAAUCC